ACACUUGAAGAUUAUCUUAAAGCUGGUAAUAAUCCACAUGUGAACAGUCUAAUCAGAGACUGUGGUGGAAGAGUUCACUUGUUUAAUAACAAUAUAAAAGAUACCAAACAAGUUAGUGAGCUUCUCAAAAUGAUCGAAGAAAUGAUAAAGUUCAACAGGGACAAUUACUUUACUAAUGAGAUGUUUGAGAAGGCAGAGAUGUCGAUACAACAGAAACAGUAGGAGAUGCUAAAAGAGAAAGAGGAGAAGAUUCAAGCUGAAGGAGAGGCUCUGAAGGACAGAUAUGAAGAAGAACUGGAACAGAUGAGGAAUAAUAUGGAGAAAGAGAGAGAGAGAUUGGAAGAGGAAAGAUGUAAAAGGGAAAACAUGUUUAAGGAGAGGGAAGAAGAAAUGAGGCGAGAAUAUGAGAAGAAAGAAGAAGAAGAGAAAGAGAAAUGGUUGAAAGAGAACCAAAGAAGAGAAGAAGAGGAAAAACGACAGACUGCAGAAAAUAACCGCAUGAUGGAGGAGAUGAGGAAAGAACUAGAACAUCAAAAAGAUAAAUUUCUCCAACAGCAAACUGAAAGAGAUGAGGAGGACAGAAAAAGGGCAGAGAGAGAGAGAGAGGAUAAAGAACGCUUUGAACAACAACAAAAGGAAACAAUUACAAAACUAAAACUCAAACAGGAAGAAGAAGUCCGAAGGAGAGAUGAGGAGGAAAAAAAGAGAGGAAAAGAACAGGAAGAAGAGAGAGAAAACUGGAAGAGUAAAAUGAAGGAGGCUGAAAAUGAUAAAAAGGAGGAAAUUGAAAAGAAACUGAGAGAACGGGAGAUGAGAUGGAAAGAGCAGAUGGAAGAGAGAGAUAAAGAAUACAAGAGAACAAAAGAGAGACAUGCUGAAGAACUGAGAGCACAAGAGGAAAAUCAGGAUAAAAUGAGGAAAAGAUUUGAAAAGGAAAGAGAACAAGAGAGAAAUAAGUGGCAGGAGACAGAAAGGAGGAAACGAGAGCAAAUAGAGAGACAGUAUCAGGAAAGUAAAGAGAAAAUAAAGCAGGAGUAUGAAGAAUGGGAAAAAAUAAGAAAAGAAGAAUGGAAUAAAAGAAUUCAAGAAGACAAUAAAAGAAGAGAAGAGGAGCAAAAGAGUCUACAGAGACUGAAAGAAAGGAUGGAAGCAGAAAGGCAAGAGGAAAUGAAAAGGAGAGAGAAAGAAGAUAAAGACAGAAAAGAAAAAGAAGACAGAGACUAUGAGGAAAUGAAAAAUGACUAUGAGAAGAAAAUGAAGGAGAUGGACAGUAAAUAUAAAGAUGAAGCUAGAAAAAAAGCUGAAGAGAUGAAUGACUUUUGA